AUGUUCUUACAGGGUGUCAUGUGGCGGGUGUCAACGGCUUCACUAGUUCUUCUUGCGGCGGUGGCAUACGCGGCCGAUUUAGAAGAACAAGUUUACGACGUUCCUGAUGAGGAAUACACAGAAGCUUUAACAUUGUUGGGUAUCGGUCCAGAGGCACAACAUAUCUAUGCCAAAAGAGAUCUAGAUGGCGGCAUGCCAGGCGUCCUCCGAUUUGGAAAACGUGAAAAUGGUGUCGAAAAGAAGGAAGUUCCCGGUGUUCUCCGUUUCGGCAAGCGGACCAACAAGAAGAGCAUGCCAGGCGUGCUUCGAUUCGGCAAACGAAACGUGCCCGGAGUUCUGAGGUUUGGAAAAAGGGAAAUGCCUGGAGUGCUGAGAUUCGGCAAAAGAGGGAUGCCCGGAGUCCUGCGUUUCGGCAAAAGACACGAAAUACCCGGCAUGAUGAGAUUUGGCAAACGAUCAACAUACGAUACUAUUCCUCUGGAACUUCUUGACAAGAAAAAUGUGCCCGGAGUUCUUCGUUUUGGCAAGUAG